CGUCAUGGAACCUAGGCUUAGUUGAAAACGGCCUCUCGUCAACAAGGGGACGAUCGAUCGUUGUUUCGGCUUUGUGUUGUGGUGGCGUGCCGUUUUAUUUUGAAAUUUCGGUUUGCGGUCGUGUCGUUUCAACAGGUUGUACGCCGUCGACGUAGUCGUGCACUUGACGAACGUCGAUCCAGUUCGCUCGUUGUGGUGGGUAAGGGCACGACUAAGUCGUCCUGGUGGUACCGAAGAGGGCGGGAGUUUCGAAAACCGCAUUUGUUUUCCCGUUAAUGCGACACCUCCGAAGGUAAUUAACAACAAUCGAAUCGUACGAGCGGGGUACAAAGGUGAUUGCGACCGGCGUGCCCCCGAUCAGUCGAUCGCCGACCGUCCCGUAAGAUGUUAUGAGAGUGCUACUGGACAACGUCUACGCGUUUUUCGGCUGGAAGCGACACGAGGACGUGCCACAAGACGACGACGACGACAAAGAGAUGUUGAACAAGAGGAACUUGGCCAGGCGCAACAGCAAACGUUUCGUUAUCGGGGACGGGGAGGAUGAACUGCCCUCGCCCACCACCGAAAUCGUUAUCACCGAAUCACCCGACGUGGAGAAGUCGGUAUGGGCGGCGAGGAACACCGCAGGGCUCCAAGUCGGGACCACCUUGACACCGUCGAUGUCCCAAGGCACGGUGAUGCUCCACAACCGCCUGCAAGAGAAGGACUUCACCGUCGCGACGCCCGAGGAGUUCGUGAAACGCUUCAACGGCACCCGCGUCAUCAACAAGGUGCUGAUCGCCAACAACGGCAUCGCCGCCGUCAAGUGCAUGCGUUCCAUCCGCCGCUGGUCCUACGAGAUGUUCAAGAACGAGAGGGCGGUGCGGUUCGUCGUCAUGGUCACGCCGGAAGAUCUGAAGGCGAACGCCGAGUACAUUAAAAUGGCGGACCACUACGUGCCGGUGCCCGGCGGCACCAACAACAACAACUACGCCAACGUCGAGCUGAUCGUGGACAUCGCCGUCAGGCUUCAGGUUCAGGCGGUGUGGGCCGGAUGGGGACACGCCUCCGAGAACCCGAAGCUGCCCGAGCUGCUGCACAAGAACAAUAUUUGCUUCAUUGGGCCCUCGGAGAAGGCUAUGUGGGCGUUGGGCGACAAAAUCGCCUCGUCCAUCGUGGCUCAGACGGCUGAGGUACCGACCCUUCCUUGGUCAGGAUCAGAAUUGAAGGCCCAAUACACGGGGAAGAAAAUUAAAAUAUCAUCGGAACUGUUCGCCAAGGGUUGCGUUCAAACGGCUGAGCAAGGUUUGAUUGCUGCACAAAAAAUUGGCUUUCCUGUCAUGAUUAAAGCCUCAGAAGGAGGUGGUGGUAAAGGUAUCAGAAAGGUCGAAAACGCUGAUGACUUCCCUGCAGCCUUCAGACAGGUACAAACAGAAAUCCCCGGUUCACCCAUUUUCGUAAUGAAACUGGCGAAAUGCGCCCGCCAUUUAGAAGUACAACUCCUGGCCGACAACUAUGGAAACGCCAUCUCCCUCUUCGGCAGAGAUUGUUCCAUCCAACGUCGUCACCAAAAGAUCAUCGAAGAAGCCCCCGCCGUCAUCGCCGAGCCCGACGUCUUCGAACAAAUGGAAAAGGCCGCCGUGCGUUUGGCCAAAAUGGUCGGCUACAUAUCCGCCGGUACUGUAGAGUACCUGUACGACACAUCCGGUCACUACUACUUCCUGGAGUUGAACCCCAGGUUGCAGGUGGAGCAUCCCUGUACGGAGAUGGUGUCGGACGUUAACUUACCGGCCGCACAACUACAAAUCGCCAUGGGUCUGCCCCUACAUUUCAUAAAAGACAUCCGUCUAUUGUACGGCGAAUCCCCGUGGGGCACCAGCGAAAUAGACUUCGACCAACCACGUCACAAGCCCCAACCGUGGGGACACGUCAUAGCAGCCCGUAUCACCUCCGAAAACCCCGACGAAGGAUUCAAACCUAGCUCCGGUACCGUCCAAGAGUUGAACUUCAGGUCAUCCAAGAACGUUUGGGGUUACUUCUCUGUGGCGGCCAGCGGUGGCUUGCACGAGUUCGCCGACUCCCAGUUCGGUCAUUGUUUCUCCUGGGGCGAGAACAGAGAACAAGCCAGAGAAAACUUGGUAAUAGCCCUUAAAGAACUGUCCAUUAGGGGUGACUUCAGGACAACGGUCGAGUAUCUGAUCACCCUGUUGGAAACCAAGAGUUUCCAGGACAACACCAUUGAUACAGCUUGGCUGGACAUCCUGAUUCAAUCCAGGGUGCAGUCGGAGAAGCCGGACGUGAUGUUGGGUGUCAUCUGUGGGUCCCUCCACAUUGCAGACAAGUCUAUCGGUACUGCCUUCCAGGAGUUCCAAAACUCGCUUGAAAGGGGGCAAAUUCAAGGCAGUAACACCCUCACCAACGUCUUAGAUGUUGAGUUAAUCCACGACGGCAACAAGUACAAAGUACAGGCCACCAAGAGUGGCCCCAACACCUACUUCCUGCAAAUGAACGGCUCAUUUAAGGAGAUCGAGCUGCACAGGCUUAGCGACGGUGGAAUGUUGUUGAGCGUGGACGGGGCUUCGUUCACGACUUACAUGAAGGAAGAGGUGGACAGGUACCGUAUCGUAAUCGGCAAUCAGACCUGUAUUUUCGAAAAGGAGAACGACCCAACCAUCCUACGUUCACCUUCAGCUGGUAAACUUCUUAACUUCUUGGUUGAAGACGGUGGACACGUCAAUAAAGGCCAAGCUUACGCUGAAAUCGAAGUCAUGAAGAUGGUUAUGACCUUAACAUCAACGGAAAGUGGCUCAGUCUUCUACACCAAACGUCCUGGUGCUGUUUUGGAUGCCGGAGCCAUAAUUGCCAGUUUGGAACUGGAUGACCCAAGUCUCGUGGUCAAGGCUCAGUUGUACAAGGGACCGUUCCCCGAAUUGGACGUGUCCCAGCCCAUGGUUUCAGAGAAGUUGAACCACAUGCACAACAGUUACAAGAGCAUUUUGGAGAACACCUUGGCUGGUUACUGCCUGCCUGAUCCCUACAACGUACCACGUCUACGUGAGGUUAUUGAAAAGUUCAUGUCUUCACUCAGAGAUCCCAGUCUUCCUCUGCUGGAGUUGCAGGAAGUUAUGGCCACAAUUUCCGGCCGUAUUCCCAUAGCUGUCGAAAAGAAGAUCAGGAAACUCAUGUCUUUGUACGAAAGGAACAUUACGUCAGUUUUGGCCCAGUUCCCGAGUCAGCAAAUUGCUAGCGUCAUCGAUUCACACGCAGCCAGCAUGCAGAAACGUUCAGACAGGGACGGCUUCUUCCUGGCCACUGAAGGUAUAGUGCAGCUCGUACAACGCUACAGAAACGGCAUUAGAGGCAGGAUGAAGGCCGCCGUCCAGGAGAUCCUCAAGCAGUACUACCAAGUCGAAUCCCAGUUCCAGCAAGGCUCGUACGACAAGUGCGUCUCCUUGUUGCGUGACAAGCACAACGACGACAUGUUGGCCGUCACCAACACCAUUUUCUCCCAUUGCCAGGUGGCCAAAAAGAACCUCCUGAUCACCAUGCUGAUCGACCACUUGUGGAGCAACGAACCCGGCCUCACCGACGAGCUGGCGGCCGCCCUAACUGAACUCACCAGUCUGAACCGCAGUGAGCACUCACGAGUGGCCCUCCGUGCCCGCCAGGUACUGAUCGCCGCCCACCAACCCGCCUACGAGCUGCGCCACAACCAAAUGGAGAGCAUAUUCUUGAGCGCCGUCGAUAUGUACGGCCACGACUUCCACCCGGAGAACCUGCAGAAGUUGAUCAUGUCCGAGACUUCUAUUUUCGAUAUAUUGCACGACUUCUUCUACCACACCAACAGGGCUGUGUGCAACGCCGCCUUGGAGGUGUACGUGCGCCGUGCCUACGUCUCGUACGACAUCACCUGUCUGCAACACUUGGAGCUCAGCGGAGAAGUACCGGUGGUACACUUCCAGUUCAUGUUGCCUCCCUCUCAUCCCAAUCGCCUUAUCAAAUUAGAUGCCCUUCAAGAGUCGUCUGUGGAAGGCGAAUCCAAUAUUAGGGUCAUCGACACCUUCCAACGUACCGGAUGUGUGGCCGCCUUCGACAACUUCCACAGCUUCGAGCAGUACGCCGACGAAAUCCUGGACCUGAUCGAGGACUUCGCCAGUCCCGCCACCAUUAACCCCAAGGACUUGAUUGCGGUUGAGUCCGGCUCCGAGUCCAGGAACAGCACGUCCAUAAACGUGAGCAUCACCAACGACGGUAUCCGGGCCAUACCGGAAGACAGGAACGUCAUACAAGAGCCAAUCCACAUCCUGCUGGUCGGCAUCAAGGACCGUGGCGAAUGCGACGACUCCACCAUGUCCAGGCAGUUCGGCAAGUUCUGCGCCAAGCACCGCGAGGAGCUCAUGUCCAGAGGCAUCAGACGCAUCACCUUCGCCGCCCUGAAACGCAAGCAGUUCCCCAAGUUCUUCACCUACAGAGCUAAGGACGACUUCAUCGAGGACAGGAUUUACCGCCACUUGGAGCCAGCCUGCGCCUUCCAAUUGGAACUGAACAGAAUGAUGAGGACCUACAACUUGGAGGCCUUACCCACCGCCAACCAAAAGAUGCACUUAUACCUCGGCAAAGCAAAAGGCGCCCCCGGCAAAGAAGUCACGGAUUACAGGUUCUUCAUUCGCAGCUUGAUCCGCCAUUCGGAUUUGAUCACCAAAGAAGCUUCGUUCGAGUACUUGCAGAACGAAGGAGAGCGCGUACUGUUGGAGGCCAUGGAUGAACUGGAGGUCGCCUUUUCGCACCCCCACAGCAAGCGCACUGAUUGCAACCACAUCUUCCUCAACUUCAUGCCCACCGUCAUCAUGGACCCGGCUAAGAUCGAAGAAGCUGUCACCGGCAUGGUCAUGCGUUACGGCCCCAGGCUAUGGAAGCUUAGGGUACUGCAGGCUGAGAUCAAGGUGAUCAUCAGGCCUUCACCUAACGCAGAAACCACCACCAUCAGAUUGUGCCUGGCCAACGACAGCGGGUACUACCUGGACAUCAACAUGUACACCGAAGAAGUUGACCCCGACACUGGCAUUAUUAAAUUCAAGGCGUACGGUACGAAGCAGGGACCAAUGCACGGACUACCAAUCUCCACCCCCUACCUGGCCAAAGACUAUCUGCAACAGAAGCGUUUCCAGGCCCAAUCAGUCGGUACCACCUACGUGUACGAUUUCCCUGAAAUGUUCCGCCAAAUGGUGGACCUGGAAUGGAAGAACUACAGUCGCCAACGCAUGUCCGAAGCCAUCACCAUUCCGGACAAACUCAUGGACUUUGUCGAGCUCAUUUUGGAUCCAGAGUCCGAGACUAGGUUGAUUGAACAGAAGAGAGUACCAGGCGAGAACAACGUGGGUAUGGUGGCAUGGAGGUUGACCCUGUACACACCCGAAUAUCCCGAAGGUCGUGACAUCAUUGUGAUCGCCAACGAUAUUACUUAUCUCAUUGGUUCCUUCGGACCAAGAGAAGACAAGGUCUUCGGACUGGCCAGCGAGAUUGCCCGUGAGUUGGGUAUUCCCAGGAUUUACAUCUCGGCCAACUCUGGUGCUAGAAUCGGCCUGGCUGAGGAAGUUAAAGGGUUGUUCAAGAUCGCGUGGGAGGACAACAACGAAAUCGACAAGGGUUACAGGUAUUUGUACUUGACGCCUGAGGACUACGCCAAGCUGAGUGCCCAGAACUCCGUGAAGGCUGUGCUGAUUGAGGAUGAAGGGGAGUCGCGUUACAAAAUCACCGACAUUGUGGGCAAAGAUGAUGGUUUAGGUGUGGAGAACUUGAAGUACGCCGGUAUGAUCGCCGGUGAAACCAGCAAGGCGUACAGAGAAAUCGUCACCAUCUCCAUGGUUUCAUGCAGGGCUAUUGGUAUUGGUUCGUACUUGGUGCGUCUUGGACAAAGGGUAAUUCAAAUUGAAAACUCGCACAUUAUUCUCACCGGUUAUCAAGCCUUGAACAAACUGUUGGGUAGGGAAGUGUACGCCUCCAACAACCAACUGGGAGGUAUCCAAAUCAACUACAACAACGGUGUGUCACACAAAACUGAACACAGCGAUCUGGAUGGUAUCCACACAAUAUUGCAUUGGCUCUCUUACAUUCCCAAAGACAUGAAGUCACCGGUACCGAUAGUAAACCCGGUGGAUCCCAUCGACAGAGAAAUCCAAUUCGUACCCACCAAAGCGCCGUACGACCCCAGAUGGAUGCUGGAAGGAAGACCGUCACCCAGUGACCCAGACGUUUGGGAGUCGGGCUUCUUCGACAAGGACUCUUGGUCGGAAAUCAUGCGCCCGUGGGCCCAGACUGUGGUGGCCGGACGUGCCCGCCUGGGAGGUAUUCCAGUGGGUGUGGUGGCUGUGGAAACGCGUACCGUGGAGCUGAAGCUACCCGCCGAUCCCGCCAAUUUGGAUUCCGAGGCCAAGACCGUGUCCCAGGCUGGUCAAGUCUGGUUCCCAGACUCAGCUUACAAGACGGCUCAGGCCAUCCAGGACUUCUCCCGUGAGGGCUUGCCUUUGAUGAUCUUCGCCAACUGGAGAGGUUUCAGUGGUGGUAUGAAGGACAUGUACGAACAAGUUAUGAAGUUCGGUGCUAUGAUCGUGGACGGUUUGGAACAGUACAAGCAGCCGAUUAUCAUCUACAUACCUCCCAACGGUGAGCUGAGAGGUGGAGCCUGGGCUGUGGUGGACCCGACCAUCAACCCCAGAUACAUGGAGAUGUACGCCGACCCGGACAGCAGAGGUGGCGUCCUCGAGCCCGAGGGUAUCGUAGAAAUCAAGUUCAGGAAGAAGGACUUGAUCAAGGCGAUCCACAGGUUGGAUCCGGUGGUCAAAGAGUUGGACGACAAGUUGAAGGCGUUGAACAGUCAGACGCAAACACCGAGGGAACGAUCAUCCAGCAUAACGGCAGCCACCGAAAAGCCGGUGAAGCCCAAAGAAGUUCAGGAUUUGGAGAAGCAGAUUGCCGAAAGGGAAAAUUUGGUUCUUCCAAUGUACCAUCAAGUGUCCAUUCACUUCGCCGACUUGCACGACACUCCGGAAAGGAUGUUGGAGAAGUCGGCCAUCCACGACAUCGUUCCAUGGAGGAAGGCCAGGACGAAUCUUUAUUGGCGUUUGAGGAGGCUGUUGCUCCAAGACAGGGUUAUCAAGAAUUUACCAGUGGGACAAGGAGAAAGUAUGUUAAGGAGGUGGUUUAUCGAAGACAAGGGUGCUUCUGAGGGGUACAAAUGGGACAACAACCAGGUCGUGGUCCAAUGGUUGCAGGAACAACUCGAAAGACCUGGCGGUGAAUCGAUGAUCAACUACAACUUACACUGCGUCAAGAGGGACGCUUUCAUCAAACAAAUCAUAUCGUUUGUUGAGGAUUGUCAGGACAUUGCUUUGGAUGCUGUGGUGGCGAUAAUUGAAAAACUGAACGACAGUCAGAAAGCUGAAGUGAUCAAAACCAUCAGUCAAGUUGGAGGAAUUGAAUAUUACCAGUCUUCUAAAAAGGAUUGUCCAGAUAUGGCUCUGGAUGCAGUAGUUUCAUUAAUUGACAAACUGAAUGAUAGUCAAAAAGCCGAUGUGAUCAAAACACUAACCCAACAACAACAAUGACUAUAAACCGGUUUUAGAGCCCAAAUUUAGUUUUAAUUUAAUACAUAAAAAAGAACUUGACGUUUUUUUUACUUUUUGUACUAUUUAUAAAUAAACGACCUGUUAUAGUUUAUUUUUUAUUAUGUGUAAAGUGUAGAAUAUUGUUAAUAAUUGUAUAUUUUUAGACAAUGUCAGAAUUGUUAUAUUUAUAAUGUUGUUAUAAUAAAGUGAUAUUUAUUUUCCAAUA